CUCAAUGUGAAAAAGAAACCUGAAAAUUAACUGGGGGAGAUAGAGAUGGAGAUGGUGCUGGUGCUGGUUCUUUAGCUCUAAUUCUAAAUAUUAUGUUAAUCCAGUCGGCAAAUGCAUAGAGCAAGAUUGGAUUUUUAUCUCUUAGAUUCGAACUGGUCGCCGUUCUCGCGCAAUAAGAAGCUUGCAAAGAUUCAGAUUCAGUUCUACUCGGUCAGAAGAAGGAUUCCAGAUGUCGGUUCGACAGUGAUACAUGCAUACGGAUCUGGGCAAGGCAGGGUGAGAUCCGGCGCAGCCGCCAUAGCUGUAAGACUCUGUUUCUCAUACCUUUUUCCUUUUCGGUAGGCGUCAGAAUCUGAAAUCCGGGUUAGAAGGGGAUAUCUCUUUCUCCUUCCAUAUCUCGUUCCGCACUUUCCCUAUUUUGUUUCGGAAUCGGAAGCGAAUUCAAUAAAUAGUAGGCUUGUGCUCGGUUUUGAAAGAUAGAGGUCUGCUGUAGAAGAUACAGGGAUAUAAUCAGUUUUGAAACAGAGAAGCAAUGGCCGAUGGAUUGAAGGAUUGGUCUGAAUUAGGGGAGGACCUGCUGUCUAGGAUUGGGCAAUGUUUGAGGACAUUAGAGGAUGUGAUUCGAUCCCGUGCUGUUUGUAAACCAUGGAGGCGAGCCCUAUUGCCCGAGCAGCAGCGCAGGUUUCCCCCAUUCACACAGUGGCUGAUGCUGCCGUUUUGCAGGAGCAACAACAUGAACAUGGAAAUUUCAAUUCGCAGUACCAUCUCCAACUCCCUGGCGGCAGCCGCGGUCGCCACGCCGGUGACUGGGUGCAAAGGCUCAGAGAACUGCCGCUGCUUUUACAAUGUGGCGCUGCAUCAAUUUCACCACAUUGAGUUCCCCCAGGGGCUGCAAGGCAAAAGGUACCGCGGAUCCACAAUGGGCUGGCUGUGCAUUGUGGAUAAAACGCCCGGUAUCUCGUUGUUGAACCCUCUUACUAAGACCGAGAUCGCUCUUCCACCCGCCACAUCUUUCCCCGAUGUGCUGGCCUACCGCUCUGAGAAGGCCCGAGGUGAGUACUUGCUUCGAAUGACAGAUGGUUCCGAGGAAUCCAUUAGCAAGAACUUCUUUUUGAAGAAGUACCUGAAGAGGGUUGUUGUAUCUGCUGAGCCCACCUUGCAGGAAUGCAUCGUGAUGGCCAUCCGCUGGAACACCGAGGAUAAUCGCUUGGCAUUCUGCAGGCCUGCUGAAAUUGAGGCAGGAUGGAAGUUGGUUGCUCACGAGGAAGAGAAUGGUAUACCCCCGGACAAGAUUGGUUUCGUGGAUGUGGUUUUUUGGAGGGAUCGAUUUUAUGCCCUUGACUGGGGAGGAAGGAUUCUGGUGUGUGAUUUUUCUGCUAACCCGCAUCACCCGACCCUGUCGUUCUUUCUUGAAUUUCAUCCCAAUCAUGAUGGUUAUGGCUAUGCCGACAAUCAAUACUUGGUUGCGUGUCCAGCUGCUGUUACCGGGGAUGACGAUGAUCAGCUGGUGAUGGUAUCUAGAUUUACGAAAUGGAUGGAUUUUGACGAGAGCGAUGAUGACGGCAAUUCGGAUGAUGAUUGUCCACAAGGCAACUCCUCCAGAACUUACUGGGCCGAGAAGUUCAAAAUUUUCAAGAUGAAGAAGGAUGCCAUUGGAUGGAAUGAGUUUAACAGCUUCGGAGAAUUUGCCUUGUUCUUGGGGUUCAACUCCUCUGCAACUUUUGUCCCCACCAAAGCGCAUCCUGGAUUACUUCCCAAUUCGAUUUAUUUCACGGAUGAUAUCAUUGACAGCUAUCGAGGGCAGAUGCAUGGAGGUCAUGACAUGGGGGUUUACAACCUUGCCACUAAAGAGGUUAUGCCUCUCUAUUCUACCACCAGUUUGCAUAACAUCCCUUUAAUGAUCUCUCCGUUACCUCUAUGGUUCUCUCCAUCGAAUGUUACUGGUUCGUAAGCACCGGGCUGAAGAAAUCAACUAUCGGCCAGUUUACUUACUCUUGUAGCCAGCCUAUUGUAGGAGAAAGAGAGGCCUCUGCAAUAUUCAGUUAGCUUUUCUUUUGCCCAUCCACUGUGGUGCUAGGUUGUUCCUUAGAUACCUUCUCUGCAAAGGAAACAAAGGAGAAGGAGGCCUAUCACGAACACAACGUGAUGUGCAACUACUGUUACAGAGAAUAAGCUGGGUUGCUAUUCUUCCAUAGCGAUACAGGGGAGUAGCUUUGCGCAUUUGAUUUCACUACAUUUGAUGAUACAUCUAUGUUCAAGCCAACCAGCAUACAUAACAAUCACAACAGUAAUAGCGCUUUCAUUCAUUCCAUUUCCGCUCUUGACGAAAAUCCACAAUGAAAUUAAGCAGCCUCCAAGUGCUGAAAAGUGGUUCAGAUCCCCGCUCCAUCACAGAUUCUGGGUUUUCCAUCUCUUGGAGAAGAACCAAGAACGGUUUUAGAUCUGUAGUAGCUGAAGUUACAAAGUGAAGAAUUCUAGAACAGACACAAUCGAGGCCAAUGGAUCAUCCUACUUAGCUGACACAAAAGGCUUGAUCCAUGUAAAUUUGAACUACAUCAAAAAGGCCCAUAAGAUCCAUGAACUACCAUAGAGCCCUAGCCUUGUCCAUUCUCCAUGAAGAGCCUCCUUGGACAGUUGACAUCCACAAUCACAAUGGUUAAGAACAGUGGCGGAGGCAGGGCCAUUUGGUCUGUCUCGGGACAGGGGUAAAUUUUGGUGGAACAAAAAUAUGCCAUAUAUAUUUAUAUUGGUGAUGAAACACAACACGUAUAGGUAGUAUUAGAGUACUUUGUCAUUACAACACAACUCAUUACUUGUCCAAAAUUGACAUAAAAUUAAUUUAUUAUACAAUAAACGAAAUUCCAAUUGCAAUAAAGAACUAAUCGAGUCUCUUUUCUCCUUAUGCCUAUUUGAUCUUUCCUCAACAACCCUGAAAUUGUCUAGCGACAACGACAAUCCUGCUAGUUUUGAUCUACCAAUUACAACUGCAAGUGUAAAAAGAGCAUUUUCAGCUUUGAGUUAUAUUUAAGAACAAGUUUCCAAAGUCGAUUUGGCGACUAGUUUGCUAAUACUUGUUUAGUAAGAUACAUUGAAAGAGACUUAUAUAAUAGUGUAGACAACAAAUGUUUUUGCGCUUCUUUCACUAUAUGAAAUUCCUUCGUAGUUGUUUCUGAAAAGUAUGAUAGUAUAAUCGGUUAUUUUUAAUUUAAGAAUGAAUUAUUUGGAUAUAAUUAUUUUUUAUUAAAUAAUUCUUUUAUUAAAUAUUUAUAUAUUUAAGUUAUGAAAAGAGGACAGAGGUGGUUUGAAAUGCUGCCUCCGCCACUGGUUAAGAAGGUAGUGAUUGCAAUUUGAACUUGUUUCUGAUGUGUAUUAUUUGAACUGAUCCACAGUAGUGUGGGAUAGCACACAGUACUAUUUUUGGCUUGUCUCGUUUUGUCUCGUUCUGUUUUUUAUCCGUGUUAUCUCAAUUUGUAUCACUAUUUCUCUUAUUUCGACUUAUCUUAACUUAUAUUUUCGCACAAUGAUACUUUAAAUAUGUGCAAGACUUUAUCUUUCUACUAAUUGGAAUCAAUUAGUCUAGCUUUAUCUCCUUUUGUUUUAUCACUAAAAAAUAAAUAUUUUCUUCAAAUAAUUUAUAAGAACGAGUCGACCUACCCAGUGGCGUAGCCAGAUUUUGAAUUGAUCGGGGUCCUUGAAAUUUUUCAAACUCUAAAGUUUGUGUAUCUAAUGAACUUUGAGCUGACUA